GCAGUGCAGCUGAGCUUUUCACCAUGGUGGAGUAGGAAAGCUCAAUGAUGUAUCCUGUUUUUCGUUUUUAUUCAACUAAUUCCCCCCAAUUUUUGCCCCACUAUUGUGUUCUAUCGUGUUAUUACUUCAUUUAGUAUUUAUGUACAGUUUACGACGUGUUCGAAGUUUCUGCAUACAGUAUUUCGGUGUUUCUCCUCUGUUUGAUGACUCAGUUUUCAGGUUAUGAGCCGUUGGAAUGACAGUCUGAUUUCAAUUUGAAGAAGAAAGAGUCAUUGAAAAUGCAGAGAAUUAUAAGUUAUUCUAUUUCUUUGCUCCUAUUUGUACCAAAUCUUCUAACUAAUGCCGCUCAAACAAAUGAACAGGUCCGGCAACAACGACUUGUAAAUUUUGACUCAAUAGAUAUUAGUGCUGAAGAUUCUUUUCUGCUUCAAAAUCAAGAGACAUCAGUCUCCUCUGUCCAAAGGCUAUGGGGUAUACCAGAUGUUUCCACUCAUGCAGGCAGAUUAUUCCAUCUUUCAGUGCCUCCUGAUGCAUUUUCUGGGACUGUUGGCCACUAUGAGGUGGAAGGGACUGAAAACAGGCCUCUACCUAAAUGGUUAACCUUUAAUCGAACCUCUGGAAUUCUAGAAGGUGUACCGUCUGAACAGGAUACAGGAGAAAUUUACAUUAAAAUUACUGCUGUUAAUCCAAAAUUAAAAGAAUCUGUUGAUGACGUUUUCUCAGUUGAUGUUUUACCGUUUAGUUACUUCAAUGGAUUUCAAAAAGACCAGAAAUGUCAAGCAGAUGAAGAAAUUACUGUGAUAAAUUUGGUGGUCGAUGCCGCUAUCGAUGACUUAAGCAACGAGCAAAAAAUAGCGUCAAUUAAAAAUCUUGCUGGCUAUCUAGGCUUGCAUUAUAGUAUGGUUUCUCUCUUACCUGACGAAGAUGAUGAUCUCUUGUUAAACUCAGUCCUCCUUGCUGGCCCAGGUGAUGCGAAGCAGCAAAGAUCUAAAGAGUCAUCGUCUUUUCUUUGGCAGAUCGGCUGUGAUAGUCGAGUGUGGCUUGACAGAAUGGACCUUCUCAACCAAGUUAAGCAGGAUGCACUGGAAGGGUCACUCUCUGAAACUGUGCAAAUGCCUGUGAUUGGAUGGCAUGUUUCAUCAGUCAGUAAUAAUGCACGAAAACGAAGGGAGAUUGCAGGUUUUGGAGCAGAUAACAUCGAAACUGACAAUGACUUGGAUGAGCCUAAUUCUCGGAUCAUUCCAACCAUGUCUUCACCAUCCUUUUCGUUUCAUCCUGCAACCGUUGAGUCAACACCUUUACAUCCUCAUAGACAUCAUCAUGGAGAAUCGCUGGCACCCGUAUCACAUGUGUACAAAAGUCCUGAUCCGGUCAUUUCAGUCAUGCCAACACCAACUUUUGAUCCUGUGCGCCCUACUGGUAUGAUUUAUUCUCCUCCAGUUUAUGAAAUGAAAAGUAGAUCAGCAACUUUGGAAGACCUUAUCGCCCCAUCUCCUACUUUCCUCGAACCUGCCUCAACAGCUUUGCCUGAUCUCAGUAGUUCCGAAGCUCCUGAUGCAGGAACUCCUGACAAUGAUGACAACAUCACCUCCUCUGGAGACUACCCUACCUCAUCAAUUAUCUUUUCUCCUCCGUCGCCAGCUCCGACAGAAAAAAUUGAAAAUGACACCAAAAAUUUCCCUCCGACCAUUCAACACCGCUUGCCAAAAUCUGCUCUCACUGCUGGAAAAGUUUUCAGGUUUAAGAUUCCCAACGAUACCUUCUCAGAUCUUGAAGAUGAUACUUUGCGUCUAGUCGUUAAAAUGGAAGGAAACCCAAUAUCACCUAAUUCAUGGGUACAAUUCAAUCCAAACACUCAAGAAAUCUAUGCAUUACCUAUAGAGGAACAUGUCUCACGUUGGUUCCUCAACAUCGAGGCAAUCGAUUCCGGCGGUCUUAGUGUAAAUGAAACGCUGGAACUCAAUGUACAGCACCACAAGAGAUUGCGCGCUCUCAAUCACGAAAUCAAUCUGUAUGUUCACAUCAAUGCGCCUCUACAUUUCUCAUCCGCAGUCGACUGGGAAUUAUUCUUAGUAGGAAAGCUAGCCAAGCUGAACAACGAUCCAGACGAAACAACACACAUCACCGUUCGCUCUGUUGAUUUGAAAGCUGACCCAGUAGUUUUUUCCUACACCAAUGACUCUCUGCCUACAAAUCAGUGUCCCACUACCCAGUUGAAGAAAUUGAUUUCAGUUCUGGCCACAGAUCCUGAUUCAGGGAAGGUGAAGCCCUCUGUGAAUGAAGCAUUGCAUCCAUACCUAAGUAUAAGUAAAAUCUCUUGGCAAGGAAUCGGUCAGUGCGAGAACAAAUCAUCACUUCCGACAUCUUACCCAAAACCUGAAAAUUACUCUCCGUCCACUCGCAAUCCUGUUGACUACAUCAAUGCGACUGUGGGACAGCUAUAUGUCUUCAAAGUUCCCGAGGACACGUUUUACGAUCAUGAAGAUGGUUUCACACCAAACUUGAAGCUUUCCCUUUUAACGUUAGACAGAACUCCAAUCCCCCACAACAACUGGCUACAGUUCGACUCUAAGAAUCAAGAAUUUUUCGGCAUUCCUUCCAUCAAUGAUACUGGUCGAAAAGAAUACCUGUUGGUGUGUGAGGACAAGACUGGUCAGGCUGCAAACGACGGCUUAGUCGCAAAUGUCCAGCCGCCCCCCAAAGUCAUUUACAGCAUGGAUUUCAGCAUGGUGAUAGACACCCCAGGUUAUUCAACUUUCAUCGACACCCCAACUAUUCAGCGACAUUUUGUUGAGCGGCUGUCGCUGUUAUUCAACGAUCCAGACACUUCCAAUAUAGUGAUCGAAUCAGUACUUCCUGGCUCUACUGUUAUCACAUGGCAUAAUCGUAGCUUGUCCACUGAAAAAUGUCCUGAGGAUGUAGGAGCUUUGCUUCGCAAAGUGCUCCUGACAGACGAUGACACAUCUCUCCAGAAACGUGUCAACGAAGUCAUGGGACCAGAGUUCCACGUGGUUUCGGCGCAUGUUGCACCGGCCGGCGUAUGUCUGACCGCUUACACGGAGGUCUACAUCCCCGACUUGAUAGUGCCCGUCAUCGAUGACAUUCAACCGGUCUCAGCGUCCGGCGAAUACCUAGUCACAUUCGUCAUUCCUACCAUCAUCAUCUUCGUGAUGCUCGUCUUCUCGAGCUUCUUGGCGUGUCACCUGUACCGACGGAAGCGAACGGGUAAAAUGAGCAUCAGCGACGAGGACGAGCGGCGGAGUUUCCGGAGCAAAGGCAUCCCUGUGAUAUUCCAAGACGAAUUGGAAGAGAAAUUCGAAGAGCCGUCGAAUAAGUCGCCGAUCAUCAUGAAAGAGGAGCGGCCUCCUCUUCCCCCCCCGCAGUACCCGAGGGCCUUGCCUCUGCCCACGACAGCCCUUCUAUCGGAUACUGAGGACUCUCCCUACCAGCCCCCACCGCCUUUCACGACCUCGAGGGGCGACACGGACAGGCAAUCUCGGCCCAAGCCCACGCCAACAUAUAGGAUGCCUCCGCCUUACGUACCACCUUAAGAAAUAUCUCUCAGAAAUCUCAUUGAAUUAAGUCAGCGAUAGAACCUUGUGGGAUUCGAGUUUAUCCAAUCAAAAUUUGUAAACUAUUGUGUAAUUUUAUCGACUCGUGACUUCAGUGUGUAAAUCUCAAUAAAUAACUGUGCCACAAAUAUCGCUAAGUGCAUUUCGCAUUUGUAACUUUCUAGGUUUUUUACGUUUUAUCAUUUUUAUUUAUUUAUAUUAUUUAUUUGUACAUAGCGUGCUCUAAUGAUAGAAAUUACGUAGAUCAGUGUCAAACUUCAAACAUAUCCUUCAAUUAGGGUCGGUAUGUAACGUUCAUGGUCUCUUUGUAUUUCUCCUAAUUGGAUACUCUGUCAAUUUCUAAGUUUGGACUUUGUAAAAGAGGAACCAUACAAGAAAUUAACUUAAUUCAUAACGCAAGGUUACAAGUUUAGGUAAUAUAACUUGAUGGUGCAAAUAUUGUUUAGACUACGAUAUACUCUUUAGUCAGACUGAAUUAAGGAUUUUAAAUUCUUGGUGAAAUUCAUUCAAUACUUGCUAUCAAAUAACUCAUUUGUGGUUUCUUUUUAUCUACUUAACCAUGCCUUCUUAAGUAGACCCCUUAUCUUAGCUUUACAGAACUCAACAAUCUGUCGUAAGUUCUAACUAAAAUAGAUAAUAUCGAAUGUUUUGUUUGCAUUUUUUAAGUAGUUGGUGUGGUGUAAGUUCUGUAAGGUACAUGUGCAUGGUGACUGUUCAGCUGUUCAUUGUUAAAAAAUUAAGAUUUGGUGCAUUGAAUUAAAUUUUGUCCUCUGAUAUGUCUUGCUUGGACAGCAUUUUGCAAUUAGAAGCUACAAUAUCAGGCUCAGUUUAGAAACAACGUAUCCUGAUAUUAUGUAUCCCUAUACACAUAAGUGUUUUCAGGGAUGAGCCAUAAAUUUUAGUUCCUAAUUGCAAAAUGAAGUCCAAUCCUACCAUGUAGUUUUGUAAUUUCUUCGCUCAGGAAGCCACAGAGUCAACCAUUUAUCUGUCACUUCGCUUUUUAGCUCCAGCUACGAUGACUGUGCUAAGAAUAAGUUACUAAUUUAAUUUUAAGUUUUAAAAAUCUAAUAAUUUGAUGAAGCUGUAAAUAGUUCCUGAGAUUAUAUUUUUCUUGCUGUAUCUUAUUUGUCGUGCCUGAGACGAAAUUGGGAUGGACAUGUGUCUCAGGAAAUUGUAACUCCAUGUGAAUUUAGAUCUCUGAAAAGCACAAUAUCAGAAAUCAAUCUUAAUGAGCUGUUGCAUGAUUUUUCUUUUACUUACACACAAGGUAGCAUACGUUUUUUUAUGCAUCAAGUAGUCAAAUUUUAGCAAGAAACUGAGUUUAAAGUCGUAGAAAAUCUGAAUCCUUUUCGAAUGGUAAAACAUUAAGCCUACAGAUUUUGUAAUGACCCAUGUGUAAUUAAAUACCUCUUUGUUUUCACCAUCAUUGUUUAUGCUCAAGAAAAUUUUGCUGUUUCUCUCGCAAUGCAGUUUUUACGGUUUAUCCUUCCUUGUCUCUGCUCCUGCUCAUUUCCGCAACAUCAUUAAUAAGAUAAAUUAACUGUAAAAAAUUACAAGAAGAGAAACAUUUUUUGGAUACUCUAACUUGGUACAAGUCAAGUCAAGGUUAAAUCAGAGCUGGUUUAAGCUCACAGAUGCAUUUCUCACGAAAAUUUACAUUGAAUAUGCCAAAGACUGAGACAAUUUCAGAAUCCUGCAACAGCUCCACUGAACCAUGCAUUUCGAAAAAUGACCCAUCUCUUUAUUCGAAACACUUCCUCUUUCCUCUUGAAGCUAAUUAUUCAGCUUUUUUUACUUUUUUUUAGCUAUAGUGUAGUGAAAAUUUAAAUAUUACAUUUUAUUAAAGGAAAGAAAAUCAAAAUAGCUUGAGUCACAUGGAGAGAGAUGAAAGAGAACUCUUCCAAAAAGGAGGUAGGUUAUUUUCGAAUGUAUUCAUUCAUGAAUUGGAAUGGGUCAAAUAUUAAAGAACGAGGUCAUCAUUGUAGCUCUUUUCCUGAUUAAUGGUUAAUUUUUAUAUCGUUAUUUUUCCUUCAAAUUAUUCAAUUACUAUUCAUUAUGCAUUGCUUCUAUGAAAAGUCAUGCAAAUUAAAUUGAAAUAUAAAAUAAGUUCAUAAAAUAAAGAGAAGAGCUCACUCUAUGAUUUCGGCCGUUUCCAUUAGGUGGCUGAUAAAAAUUUGGUCUCUGGUAACUCUAAAGUAGGGUUUUAAAAUUCUCUCCGAGACCGUUUUAUCUCUCCUAACUACACAAAUAUUUUUGACUGAAAUAUGUUACUGGUUUUAAAUAUGUACUAUAUAAUCGAAAUUUUAAAGCUUUUUGUGAACUUUUUUUAGUAGAAUGGACCCCUUGCUAAUACGAAGUGAGCAAUGAUUGAACAGUCUCAUUUCGGUUUUCAUAAUCAUUUGUCAAAUUUUUUUCUUUCCACUGCGAUUAAAUGAGCCUAAUUUUCAUCUGUUCAGUAUCCCUUACAAUUACAUUGUACGUACUCCCAGUUCUUACCUCAGACUUUGAAGUGAGGUGACAAAAGACUGGAAAAUUGUCCAACUUGUAAAUCUAGUCACUUGAAUCCAUGGGCAUAGGUCUGUUUGACCAUGAGGAUUUUUCUCCAAAGUUAAAAUUGUUCGAUUUGGUGUAUUUUCUGACGGUAAAUAUUUAUUUUGCCUUUCAAGGAAAAGUCUCUCAACUCAGUCAAUUCUCACAUUUAAAAUAAAAUAAUGAUAGUGACAGCUUAUUCGCUGAAGACAGAAAAUUGAAUUUAUUGUGUGAAUUUAUACCAUAAAGUAUCUUCGAUUAAUUUACCCAUUUUAUAUUGAUCCGUAAGGUUAUUUUACUCUUUCUGAUAAUUGAUCUAGAUUUUUAAUUCAUUCUUUUUUAUAAUUUUUUUUCCUCACUUAAGUCUAUUUGGUUUGGGGGGGGGGAAUUUAGAUACAGGAUUUUUUUAUUCUUUUUUUUGCAUUUGUCAAUUGAUUUUAGUAAUGAAAAUAACCGAGACUUAGUUUACAUGCAACCUUAAUCAAUAAUCAAUACUUACAAUGCAACUUUAAGCUUGUGUAAUUUCAUCAUCGAAAACAACCCUGAGUUAAAUUUUAAAAUUUUCUCAUUUUUCCGAAUUUUAGCAUUUAUAAAACCCGUAAUACCAAGAUUUUUAGCAUGUAUGUGUACAUUUUUAUUAUUAUGUCAUUUUUCAGGCUGAAAAAGUGUUAAAUGACUAAAUUUCUUUUAUCCAUAAUCCCUCUUAAGUGCAAUGCAUAGUUUUACGUCCUCCUUUAUUUUCACAGGGAUUCAAUAUAUUUUUUGUUUCAUACUCUGCUGCUGGGGUAAUUCUCCCCGAAAUUUUGCUAUAAGCUACGAAUCAUGCCUUGCAAAACAAUUUCCUUCAUUUGCAUAGUGAGGUUGAAAUUCGUAAAUGUCGUUCUUCUCACUUCCUAAGGGAGCUUAUUUAUAUUUUAAGGAAAGAAAUGUGUGUUGGUCAAUAAGUAGUUCUAUAUUAGAAUGACUUUAAGAACUGUACUGUAUGUGUUUGUACAAAUGUCUUUUUUUUCUUUUUCUUUUGUGUUCGUGAAUUUUUUGUAAAAUUUUAUAAAUGUUUUUACGUAGUA